AUGAGCUCUACGGCGCGCACAAAUUCAAGACCAUCAUGGGUCUCCAAAACCACGUUUGAAGCAUUGGGCGUAGAAUCGGGCGAAGAGAGCGAGGAGGAAGUCCGGGAAGAGCCCACGCCGCAAACUUCACCUCCAGAAAGUUCGUCAGAGUCGGCUAAGCCCUCCAAAAGCGCAAUCAAGAAGGCAAAGGCUGUAGCACGUGCUGAGCAGCGAAAGGCAGAACGGGCAGCGCGGAGAGAAAAGGCGACGGAGGUGGCAGCAAGAGCCGCAUCACCCGUUGAAAGCGUUGGACCUGCGGAGAGUACCUCCCAAGAGGAAGACGUUCCUGCGGCCGAUGACGAAGUGUCACGUCCACCUAUAGAGAAGCUCGCAAAAGUGGAGGAUCAGCCACCUCCUGCCUCCCAUGCAGUAAACGGUGUUGCCCAUGUUGUCACUAAUGAUGUGCCACAUCCGACACAAGUCGUAUACUCGGUGCCACCUCCGCCAGUUCCACCACCAUCCGACCAAUUACCGUCGAACGGACAUCCUGCAACGCACGAGGAUGCGAGUGCGGGGGUGCACCUUUCGUCUACCAGCGAGGUCUCCAAAGCAUCCAGCCAUGAUCUGUCAGGCGCGCCUGAAAAGCCAGCAGAAGACGCUGAGCAGGUCAAGAAACGCCAGAAUGUGUUGACGCGCACAUUGUGGACGUUCAUCAUGAUCGGCGGUUUUCUUACACUACUGCUGAUGGGUCAUGUGUAUAUGAUUGUUCUCGUGAUGCUAUGCCAAACCCUCGUUUAUCGCGAGGUGACAGCACUGUUCUCAUUGAAGAAGAUUGACUCAGGGAAAGCAGGAGAACUGAGGGGACGAGAUCCUUGGAGCAAGAUCUUGAACUGGUAUUUCUUCGCUGUAACCAACUACUUCUUGUAUGGCGAAAGUAUCAUAUACUAUUUCAAGCACGUCGUGUUUGCGGAUGCGAACAUGACGCUUUUCGCGACGAACCACCGGAUGGUCAGUUUCACCCUCUACACCAUCGGCUUCAUGGGCUUUGUCAUGUCCCUGAAGAGGGGAUACCUGAAACAGCAAUUCGGUUUGUUCUGCUGGGUGCACAUGACGCUGCUCCUCAUCGUGGUGUCGAGUCACUUUAUCGUGAACAACAUUCUUGAAGGCAUGAUUUGGUUCUGGGUUCCCGCCUCUCUCGUCAUUUGCAACGAUGUUUUCGCCUACGUUUGGGGGGUCACCUGCGGUAGAACCCCUCUGAUCAAGCUUUCGCCCAAGAAGACCGUCGAGGGCUUCGUGGGUGCUUUUUUUAGCACGGUCAUUUUCGGAAUACUUUGGGGCACGUACUUCAUGCGUUUUGACUACAUGAUUUGCCCCGUGCAUGACCUGGGCGUCAGCGCGUUCAGCCAGACAAUACAUUGCACUCCGAACCCGGUGUUCGUGUACAGGAACUGGAAGAUGUGGGCUCCGCUGAGGGUAUUUUUGACUACGUUGCUCGGACGCUCGGUGACGACCAUCCCGUACGCGCCGUAUCAGUGCCACCUGCUCUUCAUGUCGUGCUUCGCCUCGCUCGUCGCGCCGUUCGGCGGAUUCUUCGCGUCCGGCUUCAAACGUGCCUUCAACAUCAAGGACUUCGGACAUAGCAUUCCAGGUCACGGAGGGAUGACUGACCGCAUGGAUUGCCAGUUCCUGAUGGGGGUGUUCACUUAUGUGUACUACAGCAGCCUCAUCCGGGAGCACCACGUCACCGUCGGCUCGCUGCUGCAGAUGAUCGUGAGCGGGCUGACGGUGAGUGAGCAGUUGGAGCUCAUGGGCGACCUCAAGAAGUACCUGGAGGGACAAGGGAUCGCCUUGAACCUCUGA